CGCUUCCGCUUCCGGUGGUGUGGUUGGCGGCUGUGAUGGCGGCGGGUGGCAGUGACCCGAGGGCUGGCGAUGUAGAGGAGGACGCCUCACAGCUUAUCUUUCCCAAAGAGUUUGAAACAGCUGAGACGCUUCUAAAUUCAGAAGUUCAUAUGCUUCUGGAGCAUCGAAAGCAACAGAAUGAGAGUGCAGAGGAUGAACAGGAACUUUCUGAGGUCUUCAUGAAAACUUUAAACUACACAGCCCGAUUCAGUCGUUUCAAAAACAGAGAGACCAUUGCCAGUGUCCGUAGCUUGUUGCUCCAGAAGAAGCUUCAUAAGUUUGAGUUGGCCUGUUUGGCCAACCUUUGUCCAGAGACUGCUGAGGAGUCCAAGGCUCUGAUCCCAAGCCUCGAGGGACGGUUUGAAGAUGAGGAGCUACAGCAGAUUCUUGAUGAUAUCCAGACCAAGCGCAGCUUUCAAUAUUAAUCUCCAGACAUCACUCUUCUGCUAAGGGAACCACAUCCCCAGCACAGCACCACUGUCCUGGGGUCUGGAGUUCACUUGCACAGAAAUUCUAUUGCAGAAGACACUUGGGCUUGGGCUUGAUUUAGGUUGCUGUUUCAAACUUAACAGUUGGACCGUGAUGACCAUUUAAUCUUGGAGAGGCCUUGCAAUGGCUGCCUGUGGCUUCCUGAGCUUGCCUCUGGGAAGAGUGAGGCGGGGUGAUGUGCAUAUAAGCUACGCUAUGGACUACCUCA